AUGAAAGCGAUCGCAUACAAUUUCCUUCACAUUGGGAUCGGUGUGUUGUUAACUUUCGCUCUGCUGCUCGGAUUGGUGGGUUUCAUUUACUAUCGGGAACGUAAGCGUCGGUUGAAGAUGCCCAACGAUCCACUCGCAGAGUUGACCGGAUCCAAACACUCGUUGGCUUCCACGCAUCCCGUUAAUCAGAAACCACAUCGACACCAAUGCCCGAAUGCCCACAAACCACCUCACCCGCAUCCCCACUCGCAUCAUCAUCACCACCAUCAUCACCACCCGUCCUCGUUGCAUCAGCACUCCCGAUCACAUCAUAAUUCACGGACGCAUCUUCCAACUGACGUGGACUCUUUGGGUAAAGGGACACUCACACGAACCGGUUCCCUCAGUUUGGGAGGUGGCAGUACACUCGGCAAACGACAGCCCAUUUCAGCGGGAACCGGUACAAUCCCGUUACCGCCGCCGCCACCACCACCACCACCACCUCCAACACAACCACAGCCUCCGAUACAUCAUCACCAUCAUCACCAUGCAUUACAUGAGACCCGCCUGACACAGACCGCACCGCAUGAUUGUGCUUCCCGACAUCAAUUGAUCCCAGUGCACGAGUUUCAUCGAACACAGCCACCCACAUCAUCCCGAUUACAGCGAAAGUCACCGCACCCGUUACCAAUGCACGGGGUAUCUCUGUCACGUAACGGCGGUACCCUAACUGGUUCCAUUCACAGUGGUGUAGUGGGGACAGGAAGCAGUGGCCUGUCAGUUGAUGUGGACGGUGGUCUACUAAUACGAGAAAAAAUGCAGAAAAUUUCCAUCGUCUAA